AUGUCAAGGAGAUCUUCAUUAACACCAUCCGAACCAUCUUUAUGGUAUCGGGAUAAACAAAUAUUAAAAAUUGGUCAAGUUAAUCGGUAUACCAUCACUGUGGAACGACAAGAUUCCGAUAUUGAUCAAAUAUACUUACGAUUGAAAAACAUUGAACGACCCCCAAUUCGAGCUUUUCAUCUUUUAAAUGGUCCAUUCAUCUUAUACUGUCAUAUAGUGCCUUAUAAUUAUAACUAUCAACAACGAUUCAUACCUGAUGAUAUUGAAAAUAGUAAAGAAAUUCAAUUUAAUCAUGAUAUUAAACCAGGCGAAACUUUUAAAGGAAUACUACGAAUGAAUGAGAAUUCUCAUGUAAAGGACAACAUCUUUCAAUGGGAAGUUGAUAUUAUAAGUCAAAUAGUCAUCACUGAUAAGACAAAUAUCAGUUAUGAUUUAGUUAUUGGGAGAGAUAUGCAAAUGUUAAAAAAAUUACAUCAUAUGAAUAGUCUUCAGAAUACCUUAACUACAUUAUCCACCAAUAUAAUCAAUGAUAACGGAGUAAAACUUGAAGAUGGUAAUAUUGAAUUAGAGAAAUCAAUCCAUCCUCAUUUAACUGUGGUUAAACAAGAUACGAGACAAUUAUGGGAUAUCAAACCCAAGUAUCCGACUAAACCGGUUCAUCUUAUAAUAUUAACACAUGGGAUCUUUUCAAAUUUGACAGCAGAUAUGUUAUAUGUAAGAGAUACUUUAUUAAAUACCAGUAAUGAAAAUAUCAUCAUAAAAGGGUAUGAAGGUAAUGCAGGUAAAACAGAAAAGGGAGUUAAAAAAUUAGGUAAAAAUAUGGGAAAAUAUCUUAUAAAUUAUAUUGAAAAUGAAUGUCCAUUUAAGAUUGAAAAAGUAUCAUUUAUAGGUCAUUCCUUAGGUGGAUUAGUUCAAUUAUAUGCUAUACGAUAUAUUUUAUUAAUCAAAGGUCCUAAAUGGUUUGAUCAAUAUGGAUUAAUACCCCAUAAUUUAAUAUUUUUAGCAUCACCAUUAUUAGGGAUUUUAAAUGAAAUAAGUUUCUUUUUAUCAUGGUUCUUAGAUUUAGGUACAUUAGGUAAAACAGGUCGAGAUUUGACAUUAUCAAAGAGGAAAUUCCCCACAUCUUCAAGUUCAGCUGAAACGAGUGAUGAUUUAUCUAUGAAGCCAGUGUUGGAAUUAUUACCUGAUUUCCCAUUGCAUGAAUUCUUAACUAGAUUUAAACAUUUAACUAUUUAUGCUAAUGCUAUAAACGAUGGUAUAGUUCCAUUAAGAACAGCGGCUUUAUUGUAUCUUGAUUAUGAAGCAUUAGGUGAUGUUAAAGAAUUGAAACAUCAUAAAUCAAUUAAAUCAAGUAAUCAACUGCUUCAUCAUUCAAUUGAAACGAAUAAUACCAUAGAUACAGUCACAGAAGUUCCGGAAGAUGGAGAUGACGAUGAUGCAAAGGAGAAGAAAUCAAAAGGUAGAGGUUUAAUUGGAUUAUAUAAACAAAUUAUAAAUCUUAAUUUAGGAAAAUCAGCUAAGAUUAAUCCAACUCGGAAAUUAACUAAUCGUGAAAAGCGAUAUUUAAAGAUAAAUUCUAAAGGGAUAGAUACAAUUGAUAUGAAUCAUGAUGAUAAUAAUACCAAUCAAUCAUUAACUGGGUCCACUUCAUCAAGUAAUGAUUCCAGUAAUAAUUUAACGAACAAUACUUCCACUACAACUGCUAGGAUUGAAUCAACUACACCAACUAAUAUAACAUUAAAUAUUCCUCCUCGAGCUAAUGUGGUUGAAUCGGCUAUAAAUACGAUAUUAUGUCCGAUCCCAUCUACGAAAUUUAUCAUGGAUCCAAAUUCAAGAGAUGAUGUUAUAUUUCAUGAUAAGUAUUAUAAAUUUGAAAAUAUUCCUCAACAUGAAGAUGAACAACAGAAUCAUCAACAAUCGGAAGAUAAAAAGGUUCAAUUCACAUGGUCAUUGAUUAAUCAUGAUUGGAAAUUAAAGAAACAAGUUAAAAUCGCGAGAAAAUAUCAUACUGAUAAAUUAAAUUGGAGAAAGAUUUUAGUUAAUUUACCUCCUGAUGCUCAUAAUAAUAUUAUUGUGCGGAGAAGGUUUGCCAAUGGGUAUGGAUGGGGAGUUAUCGAUCAUUUAUGUUCUAAUUUGUUUAUGGAUGGUGAAGAGGAAGUUGAAGUAGAUACAGAAAAGGAAGUAGAAGAUGAUGAAGAGGAGGUAUUACUUGAUGAUAAAGAGAAUGAAAUUGAGAAUAAGGAUUUAGUCAAAGCCAAAAUGUAA